AUGUCUAUCGUCACAAAAAAUGUUAAAAGUAUUGUUCCACUCCUCGAUCGCGUUCUCGUUCAACGUAUUAAAGCACAACAGAAAACAUCCUCUGGUAUUUUGAUCCCAGAGAAAUCAUUAGAAGCUUUGAAUGAAGGCGAAGUGAUAUCUGUGGGGAAAGGAUCAUUGAAUAAGGACGGAAAACACAUUCCAAACCAAGUUAAACCUGGAGACCAUGUACUUCUCCCUUCAUAUGGUGGAAGUACUAUUAAAGUUGGCGAUGAGGUAACUUUAAUAAAGUUAUAUUAA